AUGGAUCUCAUUUGGGAUCUUCUCUAUUACAGCGCUAUCGGCAUUCCAUCCGUCCUCUUUCUGGGGAUCACCAUAAGAUGUCUAGACUUCAUUUUGGAGACCACCAUGGGAUGGCUAGGGAGUUAUGAAGACCCUAGCGAGAUACCAAAAAGCAAAACCUACCAGUCGAAUGAGAGAUUGAUAUUCCCCGCUCAGUUUGGACGCAGGGGGUUCAUGACAAGCGACACAUCAGACGCAUCGAUCGAGGAGAACAGUCUUGCGCCCUAUGGCGAGAAAUACGCCGCCGUCACCCUCGGCGAGGCGAUGCUGGGUCGGUGGCAGAUUGUUGGAAAGCUCGGAUGGGGAGAGACUGCUUCUGCUUGGCUGGCACGAGACGUAUUAUAUGAGAAAUACGCUGUCGCUAAAAUGUAUAAGCGCGAACAAUCUGCCGAGAUGGAACUUGUGGCGUUUGACAAGAUUGAGAAGGGGAACCCUGACCAUCUCGGUCGAAAGCAGCUGAGGCGGAGAUUCGGCGCUCUAAAUCAUAUUCGCGGGGAGGGCGAAUGGCACGAGACUAUCAUCCAGGAGGCUCUUGGUAGCAGCUUGUCUGCGGAAUUACUAGACUUGAAAUAUGACGGAGAAGUUCCUAUGAAAGUCAUCAAGUCUGUGGUGUAUCAAGUCCUUCUGGCGCUGGAUUAUCUGCACACUGAAUGCCAUCUCAUCCAUGCAGGUAUCCAUGGAGAAAACGUAUUUCUCGACCAACCUGACGACUCGGUCAUUGAUGAAUUUGUGCGAGCUCAGCUGAGAGAGUCCCAAUGGCAGGGAGGCGAUCUGGGCGAGAUUAUUCCCCAUUCGAAGCUACUCGGUGCAAGUCAAGACAUCGAUGGAAUCAAGCUAGGAGGCUUGGGCCGGGCUAUGGACGGAAACGUUAAACAAGAGGGUGAUAUUGGCGACGACUAUUGGAAGCUGCGUGAUGAAUCUCGCACGCGUGUAUAUCAAGCACCUGAGCUGUAUUACAAGGGCGGGUAUAGUUAUUCGGCGGAUAUCUGGAGUCUGGGAUGCUGGACUUGGGAGUUGAUGUACGGUCGGGUCUUGUUUGGCGACGACCGUGUCGGUGCUUUGGGAUAUCAAUCGGUUGCUUGGACUAUACAUAAAUUGUUAGGACCUCCACCUUACUUUCUGCGAGAGAGAAUGCUCAAAAGUCGCCAUUUCGACAAAUCGAUGUUUGAGGGUGAUGAUGAAUGGUGCGAUCCACCUCUCUGGCCGGGUGAUGUGGAGCCCCUUCUAGGCGAGUGUCGACUAGGAGAUGAUGAAAGCUGGGCGUUCUUUGAUGUGAUCAAAGACAUGAUUCAAUGGCGGCCGGAAGAUCGAAAGACAGCAAGGGAGAUGCUCGUGCAUCCUUGGUUUUCAGAUCUCGAUGUAUUCUACACCCGCCAAGGAUUGGAUCCUGAGCUGCAUCGGAAACCUAAGGUGAAGCCUGAGUCGGAGCCAGAGUCAAGGCCGAAAUCGGAGCUUGAGUUGGAGCCUGAGCUAAGCCCCAAGCCGAGUCCCAAGUCGAAGCCUGAGCUGAAGCCCGAGUCAACUCCCGAGUCGAGCCCUGAGCUGGCUCCAGCGUGGAAGCCUCAGUUGAAGCCUGAGUCGAGUCCUUAG